AUGCACCGCUUCUCCGUGCACGAGCAGUGCUUCGAUUUAAUCGCAGCACACAGCGACGUCAAAUCGUGUAUCGCGGAGGGACACCAAGUAUUCAUAAUAACACGAGGACUAACCGGUUCCGGAAAAUCGCAUAUGGCCCGGGAGUUCGCUGAAUUGUGUGACAGCGCGAUAAUACACGAUGUUGCGAAAUAUCUUAAUGGUCGUAAUAAUUCGAGAGAAGCUAUUGCCAAUUGUAUUCCGAAACUCAUGAAAGAUGUGAAAAAUACGGCCGCAAAACGUGUUAAUAAGCUAUUGAUCGUAGAAUUGGAAAGUGUUGAUUUGUUACGGUACAAGUCACUCAUUGAUCAAGCAAUCAGAAAUGAUUACGAAGUGUAUGUGCUUGAGCCAGAAACAGACUGGAAACGUAAUGCUGCGGAAUGUUUGCGACGAAGCACUCGCGGUUACACAAUGGAAACUAUGGAGGCGCGUUUGAUCGAAAUUGACGAAAUGACAUCGAAACUGAGUUUGCCGUCUUUGGUGAAUUAUAAACAAGUCAAGGUUCAAAAUUAUAGAAACCCGAAUUCUUCCACACAAAAUGCCGCUUUUCAAAAUUCGAAUCAACUAAACAACUCUCCGCCACCACCUGACGAUGAUUCAAAAACGUCGAAUUCGAUUUUGCCGUUAUUUUCUCUUAAACCGCUUCCCGCGAAGACCGUUAUGAUGCGCAAUGUCUCGAUUCAAGUGAGGUUUAGUGAUAUUGUACGGUAUAUCGCCGAUCAAGAUGUUGAAACAAUUGGAUUCAUUGAAAUUGAAGAUUCAGUAGAACGGCCGGCGCCGAUGCCGAAUCACAAUGUGCAAGGGCGUUAUUCACAAGAUGAAAAUGAAGAGUUGAGUCUAAGAGGGAUUGGAGACACUCUUAUUAUGCGUAUGUGCUUUACGAUGUUUCCAUCGAUCCCAGCAUCAUACAAAAUGGAUCAGAUUUCGAACCAUCCUUUUGAUGUCGUCUUCAAUCGUUUCGUUCAACUAGCAGAUGCAGAUGUCGACGAUAACGCAUUACCUGCUUUGGAAUAUCUGCAGGAACUGCUUGAAUUCGUCACAAUGGAAUCCGGAUAUACGGAGCCAUUGAAUGUGCAGGAGGAAAACCGAUUGGCUCGUAUCAAAGAAAGGGCGCGCGAGUGUGAAGACAAUCACAUCCAACGCCUUAUUCAAUUGAAUGAUACAUCAAAUGACGAAAUGCUGGCGCGUUGCAUGCAUGAGCAAGAGGAAGAAAGAGUCCGAGGAAUAAAUUCGUGCUCUCAAACGGAACUUGAAAUUCUGCGCUAUUUGAAGGCUCAUUUCCUUGGUCUUGAAGAGGAAGUCAUAGAGAAUGUGUUUAUAAAAUACGAUUUCGACUACAGUGCUUCUGUCGCGUUUUUGAAUACUGUAGUUCAAAACGGAAACGUUUCAUUAGAAAUUCCAAAAGUGACAAUCAAAAGAUCGGCGAACCGCAUGGAGCAUGCUGAGAAUCGCACAGCCCCGAUGCCGAAGCCUAUCGUUUGCAAAUCGGUAGAAUCUCCGAGAAACAAUCUUGGACCGGUACAGGCGAAAGUUCUUGAAAUGCGCAAGGAUUUAGAAAGUCGCUCGGGAUCCGCUGUCGAAUAUCAAAAGAAAGCAUAUUAUGCAAGUUCGUCGACGAAGGCGGCUAUCCAAUUUCUUGCAUCCGAGAAAAUGAAGGAAGUGCGAUCGGUAACACGAAAGAUGGAUCAGAUGAUUCGAGAAGCACACAAGGAUUUGACGAAUUUGGAUCUUCAUUACAUGUCGGUCGAAGGAGCAGUGGCAUUCGUGAGGGAUGUCGUCAAUAACUUGGCAAGUAAAAGACGUAUUUAUGUUAUCACUGGCGCUGGAAGGAACUCAUCGAACGGCGUUGGUGAGAUCAAAGCGGCAGUUCUUGAUUAUCUCGAAAAGAACACUGCUGUGACAUACUUCUUGCAAAACGACGGUUGUGUGAAAGUUGUGAAAAAUUAG